AGGAAUCCUACACUUAGCAGCACGGACAUAGUCACUACAAAUCUAAUUCUUGGGUGUUGGCAACGUCUGGAAUAUGGAGUGGCUAUUUGCGGGUUUGGCAGCUGUUUGUGGAGGUUUAAUAAUGCUUUUAUUUAAGAUUGCAACAGCAAUAUGGUGGAAGCCUUUGCGAUUGAAAAAGUUCUUUGAAGCACAAGGAAUCAGGAGACCUCCAUACAGGAUAUUAUAUGGGAAUUCUACAGAUAUAUCCAGAAUGAUCGAUGAGCAGACAGCCAAAUCCAUGCCACUCUCACAUGACAUGGUCCCUCGAGUUUUUCCCCAUUUACAUGAAUGGAGCAGAAUUUAUGGUCAGGAUUUUAUUUUCUGGUUUGGGCAUCAAGCCAGGUUGGUAGUUCCCCAUCCCGAGCUUAUUGAGGAGAUAUUGUCCGCUAAAUUUCACAACUUUACAAAGCUUCCAGGUGAUCCCCUUUCAAGACAGCUAGUUGGACAGGGACUCGUGGGGUUGACAGGUGAAAAAUGGGCUCAGCAUAGGAAAAUCAUCAAUCCUGCUUUCCAUAUGGAUCUCUUGAAGGGUAUGAUUCCGACAAUUGUGAAAAGCAGUGCCGAUAUGUUGGAUGAAUGGAGUAAAUUGGUAUUGUCAGGUGCAUCGGAAAUUGAUGUGCAAAAGGAAUUCAGGGAACUUACAGCAGAUAUUAUUUCCCGCACAGCAUUUGGUAGCAAUUUUACAGAGGGAAAGGAAAUAUUUGAUAUGCAGGCCAAACAGAUGAUUCUUACAGCUGAAUCAUUUAGCACUGUUUAUAUUCCAGGUUUCAGGUUUCUGCCUAAUACAAAGAACAGGCAACGUUGGAAUUUGGAGAAAAAUAUAAGAAGAUGCUUAAAACAAGUUAUAGAUGCUAGGAAAAAGACUGCUGGAAUGGAAAAACCAGGUAGCUAUGGUGCUGAUCUGCUUGGCUUUAUGAUGUCUAAGAGCAAGGAGCAGGCGGGAGUCAAUGCAAAAAGUAAAGCGAGCCUGAGUACAGAGGAAAUCAUUGAUGAAUGUAAGACUUUCUACUUUGGUGGUCAUGAAACCACAUCAGUACCGUUGACAUGGACUAUAAUAUUGUUGGGCAUACGUCAAGAUUGGCAAGAGCGAGGUCACAGAGAGGUGGGAAUGAUCAUAAAUGAGACCUUGAGACUUUAUCCACCUGCAGAUGGUGUAUUGCGACAGGCAUGUGCGCCAACAAAACUUGGGAGAAUCUCAAUUCCUGCAGGUACUCAACUUGAGCUUCCGAUCCUUGCAAUUCACCAUGAUCCUGCUUUGUGGGGAAAUGAUGCCAACGAUUUCAACCCAGGGCGAUUUAGUGAAGGAAUUGCAAAGGCUGCAAAACAUCCAAUGGCAUUCAUGCCCUUUGGUGCAGGCCCAACUAUAUGUGUGGGCCAGAAUUUUGCCUUGUCGGAGGCAAAAAUGGUUUUGGCCAUGAUUCUGCAGAAGUUUUCUUUUGUGACUCCACCUUCUUAUACUCAUGCUCCUUUCCUUUUAUUUACCCUACGACCUCAAUACGGAGCUCAGGUUAUCCUCCUUAAUAGUAUCUAGAAACUCCUCGGUCAUUGAAAUUUUAACUAGCAUUUUAGAUCUACUAUACAUAAUAUUAAUCUAUCACCAGACCUCAAUAGUGCAGACCUUGAAUAGUAUCUCGAAUUAGAAAUGCUGGGAAUAAUCACGUUCUCUCAACAUGUUGUAAUUGCCGCAUGUUUCCUAAGUUUUGGAAAGGAAAAAGAGUGGAAGAAAUCCUAUGGACCUCAUGGAUUAUAAAUCUUAAUGCAAUGGAAUAUAGUAAAUUUGUUUUAUAGACUAAUAAAUUGUUGAUAUCUAAGUUUGUCACUUUCUCAAGAAUGAGUUUUGCUGGUGACAAGUUGUCUUUUGUUAAAAAUUCUGAAACAGAAAUUAAUAAUGAUAUGGAUGUUCUAAA